AGACCCUCUGUUCACCCCUGACUCCAGGGACCCCUGGAGGCUCAGUCCUUCAUGGCUGGAGAGCAUCAGUGUGAAAGCUACAGGCAGCUGGGCCAGUGUCCAUUGUGAGAGCCGGAGGGACACACCCUGCUGCUCAUGCCUGUGGGACUCGGCCAGGAGGAAGUCGGGGGCAGGACCUACGCCAGGUGCUGGCUGGCACAGUAUGGAGCGCCCGGGCAAGAUGGAGUUCUUCCAGAAGUUGGGCUACAGCCGGGAGGACGUGGUCAGGGUGCUGGGCAAGCUUGGAGAUGGUGCCCUGGUCAAUGAUGUGCUUCAGGAACUGAUCCAGACAGGCAGCCGCCCUGGGGCCCAGCAGAGCCCUGCCAGCAGCACUGGGCCCCUGCUCAUUCCCCGGGGCUCCUGCGGGGUCCCAGACUCUGCCCAGCGGAGCUUGAGGCCGGCCCUAGAAGACUGCGGAGACUCGGCCAGUUCCCUGCGGCCCAUAGUGAUCGACGGCAGCAAUGUGGCGAUGAGCCAUGGAAAUAAAGAAGCCUUCUCUUGUCGAGGAAUCCAGCUGGCUGUGGACUGGUUCAGGGACAGAGGACACACCUACAUCAAGGUUUUCGUCCCAUCCUGGAGGAAAGAGCCAUCACGAUCUGACACCCCUAUCAGAGAGCAGCACGUGCUGGAGGACCUGGAGCGGCAGGCCGUGCUGGUGUACACCCCGUCCCGCAAGGUGAACGGCAAGCGCGUGGUCUGCUACGAUGACCGCUACAUCGUGAAGGUGGCCUACGAGAAGGACGGCAUCAUCGUCUCCAACGACAACUACCGCGACCUGCAGAGCGAGAACCCCGAGUGGAAGUGGUUUAUCGAGCAGAGGCUGCUCAUGUUCUCCUUCGUCAAUGAUAGAUUCAUGCCUCCUGAUGACCCUCUGGGCCGCCGUGGACCCACCCUGAGUAACUUCCUGAGCAGGAAGCCGAGGCCCCCAGAGCCAUCCUGGCAGCACUGCCCCUAUGGCAAGAAAUGCACCUACGGCAUCAAGUGCAAGUUCUACCACCCUGAGAGGCCCCACCACGCGCAGCUGGCUGUGGCCGAUGAGCUCCGCGCCAAGACGCGGGCCUGGCCUGGCGGGGGCGCCGAGGAACCGCGGCCACCGAGCGCCCGGGGCGGCCCCGCAGCUGCCCGGCCGAUUUCCGCGGAACCCGUCGCGCACCGCCUCCAGCCCGCGUCGCAGGCCGCGGACCUGGCCGCCCUGCGAGCGAGCUUCUCCAGGCUGGCCUUCAGCGACGACCCCGCCUGCGGCUUCGCGCUCCCGCCUCUCGGGCCUGACUGGGUGCCCCCCGGCGGCCCGGCGCCCGGGCCCUCGUCCUCGCGGGCGGGCAUCUUCGCCACUCCGGGGCCUACGUGCCCCGGGGCGCUGGCGGCGGGCCCGCGCAGCCUCCCUGGACCGCAGAGGCCGUUCUCCCCGAGCGACCUCUCGUUGCCGCAAGUUCAGCCAGGGGGCGGACAUGGGCGCGGGGACCUGCACGGUGACCUGCUUCCCCAGCACAGACCGCCAGACGACCCGUGGGCCCGCCGGGCCGGAUCCGACCACUUUCUGGGUGGCUCGGUCUGGGCGGAGUCGUCUUGGGGCGACGGCGCUUUUGGGGGAAAUUUGGGGUCUGCUCCCAGGGCGGUUGACGGUGAGGUGGACGCCCGUGCCAGGGUGCGCAGCGCGCUCUGCAGCGUCUUCCCUCCAGACCAGGUGGACAGCGUGUUGGCAUCAUUUCCCGCCCUCUCCGACUUGGCCAGGAUCCUCGUUGUCAUGCAGCGAUCCCAAAGGGCUGGCACGCCACUGGGAAACCCCUAAGGGACCUAUCCACGGCAUGGAAUGGCCCAGUCUUGCCUUGCAGCUUGGACUGUGGACGACAGUUGCCAGCCUGGACCUGAGUCAGCCCCUUCGCCUGCCAAAUGGUCAGGGGAGCCUGCUUCCUGUUCCUCAGUUGUGUGUGCCCCAUGGUGGCACUUGGUGACUGUCACUGAGGUCUGGGCCUGCUGUGUGGAGGGAGUGAUUUCGGAUGUGCUUCCAAGACUGCAGGUUCCGCAGCUCCAAGGCUUUGUCCAAAACAAAGUAUCUUUGUUUUGGAUACUGGGCGUUGAACCCAGGGCUUUCCACCACUGAGCUUCACCCCCAGCCCUUUUUAAAAUGUUGAGAUUGAGUUUCGUCAAACUGCCUAGCAUGGAACUUGUGAGCCUUGGCUCAGCCUCUGGAGUUGCUGAGAUUAUAGGACUGCGGCUCCACACCAAGCUCUAAACAGAGCUGUGUUUGUGCCUAGCCAUAAGUGGCAUCCACAGGUGGGUCACCACACACACACUCAACAGAACAGGAACUAUCGGAGCAGAGUGCAUGUCAUCAGACUGCAUAUCAACUCUUGUUAAUGUGUAAACUUAACUUGGGUCAUGGUCAAAAGUUUCAAUGAGACCGGGAAAGGAUCUUGAAUUCAUUGCAUCAAGAAAUGUUUGAAAUAUAUAGUCAGGUGGCCAGGGGAAGUUCUGGUAUCUGGACGUUCGCUAUUGCUAACCUCACUCACAAGGGGAACCCAGCCUUGUGUGACUGUGCUGGGUAAGGGUGUUAGAGGUGUAUUUGAUCCUGAGGGUCUGCUUAUGGGGCCUUCACCCACUUUCUACACACAUAUCACACCACCCAAGCAUCACGCAGAUAUAUAACACAUCACACACAUACACACGCGAGCGUGUGCACGUAUGCAUACAUACACUUCUUCACUCAGGGUUUCACUUCUAUUUUUUUAAAGUCAUCCAUCGUGGUAGUUUCCAGAACAAGCCCUUCUAAGCCACACUUACAAUAAACUGGUGACCAAGAGUCACGAUUUUUUUUUUUUCUCUAAAGCCUCCAGGUGAGUCAGUGGAGGGCUGGGCUCUCCUGGAGGUAUAGAACCACCUCCCACUUGUGUUGCUUCUGCAGGCUGCUACUGCUCUAGGGCUUUGGGAGAAGAGGCCCACCCAUUAAGGAGAGAUAAGAAAGGGACAGUGCUGCCAGAGCUUGGACCCCUGCAUCCUCAGGGGCCCUGGCAUAUCCAGGUGGCACCCACCCAUUCUGGUUACGGUGGCAGCUCUCCAGAUUGGGGCUCGUGGGUUCAUUUGCAGACUUGGUAACGCAGCCAUCCAGAGAGAGCUGAGGCACCUGCCAAUGGAAACCCAGUCCCCAACACCUGCAAGUUCCUGUUGUUGGGCAAAUGCACUGGGAAACUCUUUCCGGUGUAUUUUUAGGUUGUUACAAGCCCUCUUAUCUGUGAGAAAUACUGACCAUGAAGAUAUAGCAAUGCGACGCUUUCCCGUGACUUCUUCCUCUUUUUAAGUUAGAUUCUCAGGGAGCUUGAGGCAGGAGAACUGCAGGUUUGAAGCAUCUGGGGCAACUUAGCUAGAUCCUGUCUCAGAAUAACUAUUUAAAAUGGGUUGGGGAUGUAGUUCAAUAGUAGGGCCUUGCCUAGCAGGCAUAAUGCCUUUGGUUCAAUCCCUAGUACCGCAAAAAGCAAAUAAACAAGGGAAAUAAACAAAAAAAUCAUUCUCAGCAUGGUUUUAGCAAGAUCUGUUCCCCACCUCCUUUUCUCAAGGUGGACACUGUACCCACGGCGUUGCCUUUUCCUAUAUCAAUCAGAUUUUCCUCAUGAUGGACAAGACACGCUCUCGAUUAGGGCUGCUUUUUGUUUCCCUGGCUUUUGAUGGGGAAUCAGUACAUUGCUAAUUUACAGUUGGAAAUGUUUAAGUUGCUUCCUAUGAGGACAAGUUUUGAGUUUUAGUAAGCUGUAAAGCUAUUUUCCUUGGUCUGCUGUGAUUAAGACAAGUACAAAAGAAAAAAAAAAAAAAACGUGAAGAAACAGCACAUUUCAAGUGUAAUCCCCUUUGGAAAUUUUCCAAAGUCUUAGUAUGUCUUUGUGACA